AACACAAAACAGUUAUAGGAGUUUGAUGCCGUUUGAUUGUUGUAAUUAAUAGAUGAGAUUUUUCAAUAAUUAGAGGCACUGACAAAUAUACUUCUAACGCUGUACAAAUUAAAGGGAAUACCUGGGCUCUGUUGUGCUAGUGAAAUAGAAAAUGAGUGACGUCGCGGUGUAUACUUCCGGCGUUUUACGACGUGGACAAUCGAUCUCUCUGACGUUACGGUUUUAUAAUUUUUGUCGCGAGCCUGUCUAUCGCCCCUCGAUCUGCGGAGAAUUGACGCUAACGCGCUAAUUUAAUUCGCUCGGCUGAGUUUGAUGAAGUGACUUGGCAACUCGUGUUAACGCAGCCAUUGUUUUUAUUCUUACAAGGAAACUUCUGCUCCGGACAGGAGUGGCGAGGUUGGAAACGACAGGAAUAUCGUUUUUCGAAGUCUCACCGUGUACAAUAAAAUUUAAUUAACCCAUGGCAUACAAAAUUAAUUCACAAAGUUAUAAACACACAAGUUGUAACUGUUACGCAUUAUUCGUUGUUUAAUUUAUUUCUCCGGAGACUUCAGAGACUCCCCAGAGUGCUGUCGAAACUUUCGAGGGAACGUCACGCGGAGAAUUCACAGCAUGUGUGAUGUUCAGGAGAAACAAUACUCCUGUUGUGCCUCCCAUCUGAUUUACGUGUUAUUCCGUCAUUGUAGUCUUGCCACUUUUAUUUCGGCGAAACGAUACCGAUGUUAAGACUCGCGCGCAAAGUUUAACGUUAACUCCGCCGAAUUCUAAAUUCGCGCAGUACGUCGUUUGUGAAUUAAAUGAUCGCGGCCCUUAUUCUGAUAAAGCUUGACCGAUGCGAUAUCUAGGUUGGCGCGUAUAAUUAACCCGCGCGCUUCUGGCACAUACGGAGAUGACCUACUCGCGAAAAAACGGCCAUGCAUCCGUCUAAAUGCAUCCGUCGCAAAUACUCUUUCGAGACUUUGGAAUUUAAAACAUAUAUCAUUUUGGAAGCUUCGAAUAUUUGACCUACUGUGAUACAACAGAAUAUCUCGAGCUGUCCGCAUCUACUCCGAUCUAUAGACUCUUUGACCUUUAUUCGAUAUCGAACAGAAAUAAGCUCUUCAUAUCAUAUAACAUUUAAGCUUCAACAGUAUUUUAAAUGUAAAGGUCGUUAAAAAUUUAAGAUUUUUUAAAUCAACCUUUUCGACAUUUUAUAUAAAUGACGAGAUAUUUCAUUCUAUUUUUCAUUUAUUUUGAUUUGAAUUUUAAUAGAAUUCUCCUUUAAAAUUUGCAGAGUAGCGUUUAAUUAAAUGUUAUUGAAAAGGAUCGAUUCUCAAUUUGCUUAAAAAAUAAAUAUAACGAAAAAAAUGAUAAAGGAAUGCGCAAACAUUCCGUAAUAGCUCCGAAAAUAAGAUUCCUUAAACUAAACGUCUUGAAACACUUGUAUUUCCUUCGAGGCAUAAACGUAAACAGCUUCAACCUGAUCGAGAUGGUUCCACGGGACGUGCGGAUUAGUUUACGGAAGCGUUUCGUGGCGCGAACACAAUCAGGUGAAUCAUCGAGGUGCGCGAAAGUCGUGGUCUUUCAGCAGACGUCGUGUCGCGUUUAGCAGCAACGCUCGCGUGAUAGCGGCUUAAGGCGCGAAAAUAGAGCCUCCGCAAGCUCGUUGUCGUCGUCGUCGUCGACGUCGUUGACGGUGCCCGUACGGACGCAGCUACGCGCUUAGUCUGUAACUGGAAGCAUACGCGAGGAGAACGACUCGAAUCGCCGCGCAUUAAACCUGGGGAGCACGGUCUCACGGGCGAGAACAUAAUCUCCGGCAAACAACAACGACACGCACGGCGAGCGCGGUGACGAAGCAGGAAACGAAUUCGCCAGAAUUCGUCACGACCUCAGAGAGGACUGACGAAGCGUCGUUGUCUCGCACGCAACGGCCACGAACAGGCAGCGACAGGAGUUCGAGGAGACGAGACGCGAAUGAAUCUGACGGGCGAACCAGUUGGAUUCUCGACUCGUCGUGCUGGUCCGACGAUCGCAGGAUCUCCAGAAGUGUCCAAGAUUUCACGAUUACAGAAAAUUUAUAGGCGCGCGACGCGAGAGAGAAAGAGAGAUAGAGAGAAAUAAAAUUGAUAAUAUGAUGGAUACGAGAAAAGACCGCCGAUCGACGAUUGAUAUUUUCGAGAAGGACGUGCCGCGAUCGGACGAAUUGCCGAUUGCGGUGAUCGAUAGGACAGGAAUAGGCGAACUUUUGGCGAGACAAGCGAUGGCCUGGUGCCGUUACUGGCUGCAAACGUUCCCCAUGAAAAUGACGUUGAACAACGUCGGAUUGUUGACGGUGUUCCUGGCGAUAGUGUCGCCGCGAUCCCUUAUUUACAGACUCGUUUAUCCGAUUUUCAGAUUGGUCUUCGGCACCUUGUACCCGGCGUAUGCUUCCUACAAGGCGGUGCGCACGAAAAAUGUCAAGGAAUACGUAAAAUGGAUGAUGUACUGGAUCGUGUUCGCGCUGUUUACAUGCGCGGAAACAUUCACUGACGUCUUCUUUAGUUUUUGGUUUCCGUUUUACUAUGAGAUCAAAAUCAUCCUGGUGCUGUGGCUGCUAAGCCCGGCCACCAAGGGCUCCAGUAUCCUUUACCGGCGCUUCGUGCAUCCCGCGCUAAUCCGCCGUGAAGCCGAGAUCGACGAGGCUCUAGCACGCGCGACCGAGCAGGGUUACACGGCAGUGCUGCAUCUCGGCACCAAGGGCGUCAACUAUGCCACCACGGUCCUCAUGCAGACCGCCAUUAAGGGCGGCGGCGGGCUGGUGCAACAAUUGAGGAAGAGUUACAGCCUCAGUGAUCUAACCGGCGAGAAGGAGGACGAAAAUAGAAACACACCCGAUGCGCGUGACGGGACGGACAUGGAAGUGGAACCUCGCCGAAGAGAGCACAUCGGCAGAAGAGGUUAUAGUCCUCGCAGAACCCAGUCCAGCAGCAACGCGUCUCGAGUGGAGAUGUAUUUUUCCGAAGUGGAUGUCGAGGUUCGACAGCCAAGGCCUAGAGAGCCUAUAGCUAGUUUAACAAAUAUAAGGUCUUCGGACGACAUAUCUAGUGGUUACAGUAGCGGCGAGGCAUUGCAGACUCAGCGCAUGACUUCUCAGGGUGACUCUUUAGUAAGAACAUCGAGCGUCGGUGCGAGAACACGCGCGAAGACCACUCGCUCCACUACGAAGAAGACGCCCGAAGACAGGAGCGAGGAUUUCGACUUCACACCUUCUGAAAACGUUUCCCUACCGUCGUCCCUAAACAUCCUCACUCCCGAACAAGCUGUCGAGCUUUUACUAUUGUUGUCCCAGAGUAACAAAUCGGUAGACCUACCGACAUUUAUUACCGCAUCUAGUAUCGAUUACGAUGAAUCCACAAACGAAAACCGAUUCGCAACGAAAAUAGACGAUAAUGAAUCGUCAUCGACGGAAUCGAGCGGCGAGUUCGUUGACAUAGACUCGCAACAAAUAGACGUGCAAACAGUUCAAACUAUUGAGAUCAAGAAUAUCUCGACGGAAAACUUAUCAAUACCCAUGGUGACAAAAAACGUAGACAAAAUAAAUAUUGAUAGUUCGAUAAAAGAAUCUGAUUUUCAGAAAGACAGUUCUAAUGCGCAAAUCAAAUAUGUUGACGACGAACCAAAUAGUAACCAAAUAGUUUCGUCUAUUUCCCAAAAGCAAGACGUUUCUAACGUACAAAUUGAAUAUAUUGAUGAUGAACCAAAAGGUAAUAACCGAGUAGCUUCAGCUGUUUCCGAAAAGGACGAAGUAGCAGCCAAUCUCGAACGAACAACCGGCGAGAUUUGUCAGCAAAAGUUCGAUGAACUGAAACAGUUAUUAGAUGACGCGCACAAAGCUGUAACAGGCAUUGUAUCUUCCCAAGAAAAAUUGAAUACGCUUGACAGAGGUAAGGAAUACGCAAAUGUACGGGAAAUUAGAACUGGCGAUUCGUCGAGCACUCGCGUUCGCGAUAUCGUAGUCCAUUCUCCCGAUAUGCCGAGCACAUCGAGCGAUCUCGAUGGCGAUAAUCGCGCGGGGAAAUAUCAUAAAAAGCCCGCUCCGAAAGCUCCAAUAACUAACAAGGCAGUAACAUGUAAUGAAGACAUUAACGAAAACGAGUCUCAAAACGCUUUGAAGGCCACGUUGGUCAUUAAAACUGGAACGUUGAGAACUGUUUCAAACCCAGAUGCCAAGAAAGACAUAUUCCUGGCGCAUGGUCCCCCAGACACAAAGAAAAAAAAGAAGAAAUCUAAUAAAUUACGCGCCAAGGAAAGCUUUACCAAAUUAUUAACGAUCCCAAAGAACAUCUUUCACAGCGCUUUUCAUAAAGAGCAGAGCGAAACUUCCUCCAAGGAGGAAGAUUCCAGCUCAACGUACUCCGAGACUAGUGGACCCACGUCGAGAUCGAAUAGUAUUGGGUCCCAGGUGUUCGUCGACACAGCCGCAAAAUUAUCUGUUUCAAAGCAGGAAGUGGAUGUGGAAGAGAUUCCACUAAGAUCGGAGUGUGACGACGAUACUAAAAAUUUCAACAAAAAUAUAAACUCUUUCGAAAAAUUGAAUACUGAAAUUGUACCGUUGAAUGAAGUUGAAGUUACUCUUAAAACUGAAAGUAAUAAAAAAGAAGAAGAUGCAAUGAAUAUGAAGAGAUCUGACAAACCUGAAAAGAACAUUGAAAAUGAAUCAAACUCUCAGAUUCGCGAAAUGUCGCUAUCUUACAGCGACAAAAAAGAGAUCAUCACUGAUAUUAAUUAAUUAAGCGUAAUGUCUCACAGGAAAAUUAUAUCAACUAAUUAUUUUAUUAAAAUAUUAGCUAAUUAAUUUAUUAAAUGUUUACGUGUAUCUAUUUUUUCUUUCAUGUUUUUAUUAAGAUAUGAUAAAAAGCUUGUUCCUUCUCUUUGCAUCCUACUUCCCGUACAUCAUAUUUUAUCCUAAUUGGAAAUCCGGGCAGAAGAGAUGGACUGUUCCAUUAAGAUCAUAACAAGUUUCGCUACUUUACCUCGAAGUAAGAAGACUAGUAGUAAGAAAAAAGUGGCAUGAAACCUCCCUGCUGCUGACCGUAUCAAGGAGUAAGACCAAGUCCAUUGUAACGAAGAAAAAAAAAUCUUCACCGGCGUGCGGGUCUAAAUUUUGCACGAGCCAGGUAUAACGGGCACACUGUCGGUCAGCAGCGAAUAUGAAUUAGCCAAAACACGCGAUGUAUACAAUUGAAUGUUUCUAGCACCGUUAUUUCUUAAUUCAGCUUUUUUAUUUUAUUUAACUUGUUAAUCGUUAGUUAGUUUUCAUUAGCCGGAAAGGGCAGAACCCAGUCUUUUCUCUCAUUUAUUCGCAAGAAACUUGCCGGAUAUAUGCGAGGAUAAAAGAAAAUUCUGACAGCUUGUCUCAUCCUCGGAAAAGAAGAAACGUUUAUACAAGUAACGUUUAUAUACAUACACUGAAUCGUCAAUCACGUCGAGUCACGUUGCACCGUUGCUCACAGUCAUCCGACACAUUGUUACACGAUUCGAUAAUUUCUUAUAUGUAUCUUAAGCUCUCUCGCGAGAGAGUCCAGUCUAGCUUUUAUAUGCUAACGUUUGGUAGUGCUGUCAUAGGUAGGGAGGACUUGAUACAGUUAUAUAUUUGCUUACAAAUAGGCUUCGUUUGUAACGAAACUUGCUGUAAUCGCGGUGUAGUCGAGAGUGGAGUAGAAAAAGGAGUCCGUGCUAACCCAAAUCAGGGAUCCCGGUGCUUAAUUUCCGACAUAGGUGACCGAGGGAAUCAACAAAGGAAUCCUCCAUCAGCGACUGCAAAAUAGCCGCGCGAUAACUUUGAUAUUGUGAACACUAUUGUAAUUGAACAAAUUAAAUCUAGUCAACGAGGAAAAUGAGUAGGAACUCAGACCAUAUUGAAAUAGUGCCACGCGAUUGCCUGUAUAUAAUUCUCUUUUCACUACCGAAUAGUAAUUUGAUGGACCGUCUAACUUAUGAUUACGUAUGCGUGUCGCAGAGAAUUGUGUGGACUUAACUGAAUAACUGUUCUCCCUCACACGAAAUCUUAAGUUUAAGAAAUCGCGCGAAAAGAAAAAAAGAAAAAACUACAGAUACGAUCUUGCGUAAAGACCAACGAUUAAUCCGUGACAAAUUAUCAAGAGUAUUGUUGACGUGCGAGAUCAUUUUCAAUUUUUGCACGCUAGCAAUUCGAAAACAAGAUACUAGCGAUGUACUUUGACAGAGUGAGUUUUUUUAAGACAACUAGCUAUAUUCUUAACUUUAUAUCAGUUUUAUCUCCUCGCGCUCUUAUUUAGAAUAUAUAUCUUGCUUGUGUCUAACUCACGCGAUAAAUUUUUAAUUUAAAAAUAUAUUGUAAUUAUAUUUCUCGUAUAGAGUAUACUUUCAUUAGAGCGAAUGAUUUUAUAUCGUACGCUCGCGAAAGUCUUACGCACAAGUCCUACGACUAUUUUAAAUUUAUUGUAUACGUUAAUGGAUUCGUAUAUAGUUUAUCAUACUGUGUACUUUAACAUUUAUUACAUUGUACCUUAGAUAAAAUUUAUACAUUGCGUACAAUUAACUUAAAUUUAGAAACAAGAAGAACACGGUGUGUUAAUGUAUCAAUUGUACACUCGAUGAGUGAUGUUACUCGAUUAACAGUUGUUGAUUUUGCGUGUAUAUAGGUUGUACGCAAAAAGUUCACGAUACCAUCGGGAAAGAAAAAUGUAGCAAAUGCUUUUGAUACACCUCCUGAUGUAUAAAUAAAUCAUGUAUAAAUGGAAAUUAAUUAUAAAAUAUAAAAAGUAACAUAUUAAAUGCGGAUCUCUACGCAAAAUAGAUAUUUUUAUUCAAUCUAAAUGUGCAAUAUUCGCACAAAGUUAUGCAUUUGCUGCAUUUUAUCUGCAUCUUUAUAACACGACUCGUUGAAAAACGUUAAUACGUAUUUGUCUCGAACUUUAUAUAUAUUUAUGCGAGAAUAUGUGAUAAGAGAGUGAGUGAAAGAGUAAGAGAAAGUGCUCAACUAUGAAUCUCUACCGGUGUUAAGCGGUCGGUUUCCUAUAGAUCUUAUAUAUAAAGAUAUCUCUCGUUCUUUGUAAGUAUUUAACGCCUCUGGCGCAUAAAUUAUGUCUCGAGCUAUUCUGGUGCUGCGAUCUUUGUAAUUUGUUUUAUAUAGCUUCGUAUUUCGAUACAGUAUACGAGAGAAAGCAGAGUCGAAAAAAUACGUUUGAAAUAAAAAGUUGCUCUGUGUCCGAGUUGCUCGGAAAAUUAUCGAUGAUGCAGAGUGAUAUCGCAAUUGACAGUAUUUCAGUUCAAACAUAAUGUAGCGAAUAAAUGACAUUAAAAUA